AUGACUGCUGAUAAAGAAUACAAAUUAGUGGCAUCCAUUGAUAUUGGUACCACUUCAACAAGAGCGAUAUUGUUCAACAGAAGAGGUGAAGAAGUUGCAUCUCAUCAAAUUGAAUAUUCAACAACUGCAAACACAACAACUGAUGGUAAACAAAAAAUUUAUUCCGCUGAAGGUAUACAAAUUACUGCAACUGAUGAUUUAGAAAUUGAACGUGAAGAUACUGAAGAUGGUCCAACUUUAACUUUCCCAAAUCCAGGCUGGGUUGAAAUUAAACCAACUCAUAUCAUUUCAAAUGCUGUUACUUGUCUUGCUUCAUGUAAAGUUACUUUAGAUAAAGUUAAUAAGGAGAGAAAAUCAAGAGGUGAAGAAGAAUACAAGAUUGUUUCUAUUGGGAUUGCAAAUAUGAGAGAAACUACCAUCUUGUGGGAUAAAGAUACUGGUAGAGCUGUUCAUGAUGGUAUUGUUUGGAAUGAUACUAGAACUACAGAUAUUGUUCAAGAUAUGUUGAAGAAUAUUCCAGAAGAAAAAUUGGAUGCUGUUAAACAAAAAUCUGGUUUAACUGUUUCAACUUAUUUUAGUGCUUCCAAAUUAAGAUGGUUAUUGGAUAAUAAACCUCAUGUUAAACAAGCUUAUGAAGCUGGUCAAUUGAUGUUUGGUACUGUUGAUACUUGGUUAAUGUAUCAUAUUACUCAAGAUCAUACUUUUGCUACAGAUGUUACAAAUGCUUCAAGAACAAUGUUUAUGGAUAUUAAAAAUUUUAAAUAUGAUUCAGAAUUAUUUGAUUUAUGGAAUAUUGAUCCUGAAUUGUUACAAUUCCCAGAGAUUCGUUCAUCAUCAGAAUUAUUUGGUUAUUUUAAAGUUCCAAAUUUAGAAGCUAUUGGUGCUCCAACUUUAUUAACUAAAGAAGGUGAAGCUGCUUUAAAAUCUCUUGGUCCAUUAAUUCCAAUCAAUGGUGUCUUGGGUGAUCAAUCUUCAUCAAUGGUUGGUCAAUUGGCUUUGAAAAAAGGUUCUGCUAAAUGUACUUAUGGUACUGGUUGUUUCUUAUUGUUAAAUACUGGUUCUCAACCAUUAAAUUCUGAUAAUGGUGCUGUUACUACAGUUGGUUAUUGGUUUAAAAAUUUACAAGAUGAAGAAGAUGCUACUGCUCAUUAUGCCCUAGAAGGUUCAAUUGCCGUUGCAGGUUCAUGUGUUCAAUGGUUGAGAGAUAAUUUAAAAUUGAUUGAAAAAGCUCAAGAUAUUGGUCCAUUAGCUACUUUAGUUCCAAAUGCUGGUGGUGUUGUUUUCGUUCCAGCAUUUUCUGGUUUAUUUGCACCAUAUUGGGAUCCAGAUGCAAGAGGUACAAUUUUCGGUUUAACUCAAUAUACUAGUGCUUCACAUAUUGCAAGAGCUGCUUUAGAAGGUAUUUGUUAUCAAGCUAGAGCUAUUUUAAAAGCUAUGGCUACAGAUGCAGGUGAAGAUCCUGAAUUUAUGGAGGAUGGUGCUGAAGUUCCAUAUGAACAAGGUCCUUCAAAUUCAAUUUCUCAAUUGGCUAUUGAUGGUGGAUUAUCAAAAUCUAAUGAAUUUGUUCAAAUUCAAUCUGAUAUCUUGGGUCCAUGUGUUAAAAUUAGAAAAACUCCAGUUAGUGAAGCUACUGCAUUAGGUGCAGCAAUUGCAGCAGGUUGUGGAUUUGAAGAUGAUGAAGAAAAAGUUUGGACUUCAAUUGUUGAUGUUCAAGAAUCUUUACAAUUUGAUGAUGGUGAAGUUUUCCAAUCACAAUUGGAUAGUAAAUCAAGACGUCAAAAUUGGAAUUUAUGGACAAAAGCUGUUGAUAGAGCUAAAGGUUGGAAUUCUGGUAAACCAGAAGAUUUAACUGUUGAAGAAUUGGAACAAAGAAUUGAUGUAUUAAAAAAUCAAUUACGUUUAAAAAAAAUUUCUUUAAGUAAAGCUGAAAAGGCUAAAAUUUCUGAAAUUUCAGCAUGA